AUGACUAAAAUUCAAGUGGCAGCCGUGAGAGAGUCAAUUAGAACUGUUUUAACUGAAUCCCAGGAAAAAUCCCGCAAGUUUAUCGAGACGGUGGAACUACAAAUUGGCCUUAAAGGAUAUGAUCCUCAAAAGGACAAACGUUUCAACGGGACUGUGAAACUUCCAAACAUUCCACGUCCGAAAAUGUCCGUAGUCAUUCUUGGUGACGCACAUGAUUGCGAUCGCGCCAAAGAAAUUGGCUUGGACUUCAUGAGCCAAGAAGAUCUUAAAAAACUUAAUAAGAAUAAGAAACAAAUUAAGAAACUUGCUAAAAAGUACGACGCAUUCUUGGCAAGCGAAACUGGUAAAUUUCCCGCUCCGGUAACUCAUAAUGAUGAUUUGAACGCCAAAGCUGAUGAAUUGCGCUCGACAAUCAAAUUUCAGUUGAAAAAAGUAUUAUGCCUUGGUGUGGCGGUUGGUCAUGUUCAAAUGAGUGAAGAUGAAUUAGUUGCCAACAUCAUGUUGAGCGUCAAUUUCUUGAUUUCUUUACUCAAGAAAAAUUGGCAAAACGUUAAAAGCUUGCACAUUAAAUCUACUAUGGGUCGACCUCAGCGCUUAUAUUGA